GUGAUCAUGGCCACCAACCGGGCGGACACCCUGGACCCGGCCCUGCUCCGGCCGGGCCGUUUGGACCGGAAAAUCGAGUUCCCGCUGCCCGACCGGCGCCAGAAGCGCCUCAUCUUCUCCACCAUCACCAGCAAGAUGAACCUGUCCGAGGAGGUGGACCUGGAGGACUGUAUCCCGCUCCGGGGGGGACCUUUGGGGACCUUUGGGGUCGUUUGGGGACGACCCCAUGGGGACAUCGGGGACCCCAAGGGACAUCGGGGAUCCCAUGGGGACAUUGGAGACCCCAGGAGGGUCAAGGAGCCAUGGGGACAUCAGGGACCUCAUGGGGACGUUGGAGACCCCAAGGGACAUCAAGGACCCCAGGGGACAUUGGGGACCCCAAGGGACAUCAAGGACCCCAGGGGACAUUGGGGACCCCAAGGGACAUCAAGGACCCCAGGGGACAUUGGGGACCCCAAGGGACAUCAAGGACCCCAGGGGACAUUGGGGACCCCAAGGGACAUUGAGGACCCAAUGGGGACAUUUGGGACCUCAUGGGACAUUGGGGACCCCAAGGGGACAUCGGGGACCUCAUGGGGACAUUGGGGACCCCAUGGGACGGGACACUGA